UCUGGGAAAGGUCGCAUUAGCCGCCAUCUUGUGCAAGAGACAGCUGCGUUUAGGAAAAUUAUUGUGAUUUUAAGUGUUUUUACGGUGAUGUGACUACCCUAACAGCUCACUUUUAUCCCUAAGGAUGUCGGUGCAUUACAAAUUUAAGUCAGCUGUCGAGUAUGACACGCUGCCAGUGGAUGGAGUCCACAUCAGCCUAGGUGACCUCAAAGAGGCCAUUAUCCAACAGAAGAGGCUGGGAAGAGGACAGCCAUAUGAUCUACAGAUCACCAAUGCAGAGACCAAGGAAGUUUACACAGAUGAGAAGACGCUCAUCCCAAAGAAUUCAUCGCUGAUAGUCGCAAGAGUGCCCAUCGAUCCCGCACUCAUGAAGAAGCCAUGGGAGAACAAGGAACCGACAGCCCUACUACUAUCCAACCCUUCAAACCUGAUGAACGUAUGUAACAGUGGAUCAGCUGUGCAACUUACUUUACCUCCAGCCGGGUAACACCUAUUUAUCUAGUUUUUAAGUGGAUGACUAUUGGAGUGAAAAGGCUGAAGCAGAAGCGCUAUCACAAGUGCUGCUGGCCACACUCUUAAGAUACCGUGGUGUCCCUUCGUGGUGUCACCUUGGUUGUAUACUAUUUGAGGACAGUAUGAAGCUGUCCUCAUACAUACAUCCAAAAUACCUUUUUUCCAGUAUUUCAUAAUAUUGAUUAUUAUUAUUUUUUAACUUUUAUUAUUAUUUCUCUCUGUAGACUUUUGAUAACUUUUCCCCUCCCCAUGGGUUGUUAUUGCAACAAAUUUGUUCUUGUAAACUGUGUAGUAAUUUGUCACUUAAUUUUACACACUGGAUAACUAACCAAAAAAUUAAAUAAUCCUGUGUGUAAAGUUGAGGUAGACAUAAUAUUUUCGAUUUUUAUCAGUUACCUUACUUCGUAGCAGCCAAGGAACAUACAUUUCUGAGAAUGGAUAUUGAAAUAUUGAAAUGGAUGAAGAUAUUUAUUUGUCAUGAACAGUGAAUUGACCAUGAUUUUUUGUCAUGUCUAAUAAGUAUUUAUAUUCCUGUAUGUUUUGUAUGAUGUAGCCAAUAAAACUUUAACCUGAG